GCUCAGCUGCUCUUUUCAACUGCCUGGCAUUGGUCCCAUCCAGCCGUCUCGGCUGAAUCCGUUGUUUUACCAAACGCUUUCUGGGUAUUAGCUCCAACGCAGCCAGGAUGCCCAAAGGCAAGGUCUUCGCAUAUGCCAGGACGAGUUCGAAGACGAACGCGAAGAACCCCUUCGGCAGCCGAAAAAGGCAGAUCGACAGCGCCCUCGCGGCAGCAGGGGCCACCAAGAAAACGCCAGUCGAGCUCGUGUGCGACGUCAUCUGCGGUACUUUGCCUCUUCCGCAAAGGUCCACUUUCACGAAUCUCUUAGAGAAGGCAAGCAAGACCAAACAGAAAAAGGUGUACGUGGGCGAAUCCAGGGCCGUCGCUCGCAACUACGACCUCUCAGACGAACUGUACAAAAUGGGCAAGAAACUCGGCGUCACAAUCGUCGCGGCUGACGCCCCGGGCCUCUUCGACCACAACCCGGGGCCCCUCCAGGUCUUCCAGCGGCGGGUGGACUUCGCCAGGACGGAGCUGGAGAAAGACUUGACGGUGCUACGCUUGGGCCAGUCGCGGGACGCGGAACUCAAGACUCAGGGGCGGGCGAAGGAGGUCGCCGCGCUCAAGCGCAAGAAGGCCAAGCUGUCCCCGCAGAAGAUCACAUUCGAGGGGAAAGCCAAGCUCGUCGGCAGGAGAUCGACCUUGGAGAAAAAGGGGAAACUGACGAACAAACAAGUUGCCGAAGCGAAGAAGGCCAUCAAAGGCCAGAGGAAGGGACGAGUCCGGCUUGCGGGUCAUGGCCGGCAAGCUCUCCGCCGCGCUCAAGUGCGAGAUUCGUUCGCACGAUUGGGCGCGGCGCAUCGCCAGCGAAUUUGAACUGUGCUACUCAAUGCGUUGGCGAUUGCACGGUUUUCGGCGUCUCGAAUUCUUAAGAUAUCGAGACGCCUAAUUUUUAUGGAGCAAGAAAACGAGACACCCAACACAACGCGUAAUUUAACGUGGUUUUGCAUGCAACGCAA